AUGGGUAUUGGAUCAGUGGGAGUUCAGCAGCACUUUAUCGAAAAACCUCAAGACACGGAAGUAGUUCAAGGUCUGACAGGAAUACUUCGUUGCCAAGUUGGCAAUCUUCAAGGUGCAGUCCAGUGGAGUAAGGAUGGUUUCCUAUUAGGUUUCGAAGCGGCAAUCCCUGGAUACGAGAGAUACAGUAUGCUUGUUGAUGUAGAAAGAGGUAUCUACAAUCUAAGGAUUAGAGACUGUAGGCUUGAAGACGAAGGUGAAUACCAAUGCCAGGUUGGGCCAGGUUUUAACCAAGACCCAAUAAGAGCACUCGCUCGACUAACUGUGUUGGUUCCUCCUGACCAACUGACAAUAAACGGAAGAGCAGCAUACGAUGUUUUAAAAGUCCAUAGAGGCGAGAGAAUCACUCUGGCUUGUAGUGCACAAGGAAGCAAGCCACCCGUUAAGCUCAAAUGGUAUAGAAACAAUAUCCAAUUAUUAACAGAAUCAGAAGAUAUUCGACAGGAAGAAAAUAAACUCUUUACUACAUUAAGAACGAUUUUGCUAUAUCCUUCUUUGGAUGACAAUGACGCCAUCUAUGUUUGUGAAGCCGUCCAUCCUGCCAUGCCAGAACCAUGGAAAACUUCUGUCACCAUAAGUGUCCUUUAUCCACCCGAAACACCUAUUAUAACUGGGUAUUCAAGAAAAAGUAUAAUUAAAAAAGGUGAUAUUGUUUCCUUAACGUGCAUUUCCAAAGGAGGAAACCCGCCUGCUCAAUUACGUUGGUUUCGAUAUAAUGUGUCCCUGAAUGGAAACUACAACUAUAAUAACAGUAUAGCUGCAAGCAUAUUAACCUUCACUGCAACAGCAGACGAUAACAGCGCCACCUAUCGCUGUGAAGCGAUUAGCAAAGUAAUGGAUAAACCGUUAUCCACAUCGAUAAUCCUUUCCGUCCACUUUCCACCAGAAGGAGUUUAUGUAACUGGACCGGCUGAAGCUAGGAGAGGAGACAUUGUUACUGUUACCUGUACCACCUCUCCUAGUAAUCCUGUACCUAAAGUUAGGUGGCGAAUAAAUGGAAUGUAUAUCGUUGGCGACGAAGAGUAUACCACAGAAACAGCUGAGGGAUGGGUCAUCAAAUCUAAGAUCACUGUUUCCCUCACCAGGCAGGAUGCUGACGCUAAGAAUAUUAUUUGUCGAGCUGGAGACGAUGAUAUUGGAUACAGCAAUGGAAGUUUACAGAUCAAAGUUACAUAUCCACCUGAUCCUCCAACAAUUCUAGAAUACGAGGAAGGAACCCCUAUACUAGUAGGAAGUAUUCAGAGGUUUAUCUGCGUUACGCUGGGUGGAAAUCCUCCAGCUAACUUGCAGUGGUUUCGUGGAGAAAGACAGAUUUCUUUAGUGUGCAUAACAGACAGUAGUCAACCCCCCGCCACUGUUACCUGGUUCAAGAACAAUCAGAAAAUCCACAGUGACCAGGAAGAACUUUUAAAUGCUAUGUACGGAGGAAUUUCGACGGUCAGCAGAAUAGAGCAGACUGUCACAUCGGAGGACGAUGACUCUGUUUAUACAUGUUCAGUGGUUAAUAAAGUCACUCGGGGUAUCAUCAGAGACGUAUUUCUUCUGUCGGUGCUAUAUCCAGCUUCGAUUUUAAACCUUACCCAAAACCUUGUACUGAAAGAAGGCGAGAAGUGUAUUUUAGAGUGUUCGAUCGAUGCCAAUCCAAUAACACACGACACGGUAACGUGGAGAAGACGUGGUUUGAACACUGUUUUGGAGAGCAAGAGUUUAAGUUCAGGAAAAUUUCUCUUGGAAAUUGAUAAGAUAACAAGAACCAAUUCGGGGGAGUAUGAGUGUGUAGCCUUCAACGGUAUUGGCCAACACGAUGUCGAACGAGUGCAAAUUUCCGUUAUGUAUAGGCCAGUGUUUCUAGAAUCAAAUAUGGAAACGAAGGUUGCCAGCGACCAAGGAAAAACUGCUGUGAUGAAAUGUGUAGUAGAAGCAAUGCCUGACGUCACAUUCGAUUGGUUUUUUAAUGGAAAGCCUAUUAGCUUGGAAAUUCAUGCUUGGAAGUACACCGUGCAAACUGUGCAAAAAGAAGGUUUCAAGUGGAUCAAUAUUCUCCACGUAUAUGACAUAACAUCCGCUGACUUUGGCAUUUACACUUGUGACGCUUCAAACAACCUUGGGAAAGCCGCAUUAGACUUACAACUUGUGAAGUCAAGCACGCCGGAUCCUCCCUCUGAACUACGUGCGUGUAACAUUACUCACAUCUCAGCUUGUGUUUCUUGGAAAUCAGGUUUCGAUGGUGGAUUUGCCCAAUUGCACGACAUUUAUUGGAAGAAAGAAGGCGAUGGAAGUUCUAAUGUUAUCCGGAACAUAUCUUCUUCCGUUUACAAUUUCAAAGAUCUCAAACCCGAAACCAAAUACACUUUUCAAGUAGUUGCUAAAAAUCAAUUAGGUUUCAGUCAACCAAAUAAAGAGCUAGUUCUGAGAACAAAAGCUGUUCCAUCAUUGGAGUCCACUAAGGCAAUCAACGAUCCGGAAAGCAAGGAAGCGAUGAUCUCACGGUUAGUUUGGACAUCCAUUGCUGUCUGUGGAGCAGUGGUAUUUGUCUUAAUCGCCUUUAUUGUUGCUUGUUGUCUACGCAGAAGACAUCAAUUACGAAGAGAAGCAGAAGCGGCCCUUAGAAUCUACCAGCUUGUCCAAAGUGAGGAAUAUUUAAAGAUGUUUAAUCAUGUGGAUGGUCAACCAUUUUUUGUAAGUGGAAGAACAGCAGAAGGAGUUUCGAGAGAAGAAGGUAACGGUCAAGAUAUUCAGAUGACUGAACGUGAAGAGUUUUGGAAACGUCGAGAACUUAACAGGCCAACAAGAUCCGGUUCUUGUUCAUCCCAGCUAGAAACAUGGGGAGACGAAGAGAUCCGUAGACUAAAAGAUGGUGUUCCGCUGGAAGAAAGAUACGACUGCCCUGACCUACUUAAGACAAGUUCAAUAGCAAAUAAAGAAGUCGGUUCGAAGAAGACAUUGUUAACCGAAGAAAGUAUUUCUGCGAUCCUUAGUUACGUCGGUGGUCCUGUCAUAUCAUCACUCGAGGGAGAAACGCCGCGAGAUGAAUGCCUCGAAAACUCAAGCAAAACUUCUGAUAGUGUGCAGAGAGUCAAGCUUCCAUAUCAGCACGGACAAUUUUUAGACCACCGAGCAGAAUUCUCCAGAGAAAUUACUAUACCCUGAAAUUUGAACCUAAAAAUAUAUAUAUCUAUUACAUUGUUCUAGGCUGUCAGUUGAACUAUUCCAACUGUAAAAGUCUUAAAUGUAAUUUUAUAUUCAUGAGGAUAUUAUCGUAUUUAGUAAACCUUGUGGGUGAUACCUGUGCCUCAUUGCAGGAAUAUUACUAAGUGUUGUGUUUUAUUAACUAAGAAAUCAAGGUGAAACUAUGUGUAUAUGUGGGGGAUCUUCCCCAUCAAGAACACUUAUGAAAGAUGUUUAUUGGGUUUGUUACACUUAUAUUAGAAUGCUGAAUCAAGAUCGAUAUGUUGUACAAAUCCCUGUGGAUUUCAUCAACUGACUUUGGAUUUACUACAUUAGCUGUAAUGAUAUAUUAAGUUUGUGGCAUAAAGUUGAAAUAUAUACAGUAGGAAGAAAUAAAAAUUUAAAAAAAUACAAAGGCACAUAUUUCGGCCGAAUGGUUUUCUUCGUAUUCUUUAAAAUAAUACUGCUUUUCGUUGUAUGUAACCAGAGAAGUUUUUUCAUUAUUUUGUCUAGGGCUUACUAUGGCAGAACAUAUUUAUAUUCAUGUCUUCUAAAGUUGGACGAAUACUAAGCGAGGCAAGGAGUAAUAGUAUAUGUUUGCAACUGCU